CGCGCCCCCUCACUAUGUUAUCGAAUGCUAAAGAUGGCGGAUUUCCUGCCGUCCCGCUCCCUCCUGGCCGCUUGUUUUCCGAAUUGCGUCCUCACCCAGCGAGAGGCCGAACAGCUCCGCAAGAGCAAGCAGAUCGACGAGCUCAUCUCGCGGGAUAAGACCUAUGUGCGGCGGCUGGUGAAGAUCCUGCUGCUCGGGGCCGGCGAGAGCGGCAAAAGCACUUUCCUCAAGCAGAUGCGAAUUAUUCAUGGCCAGGACUUCGACCAGAAGGCCAAAGAGGAGUUCAGGGGGACCAUCUACAGUAACAUCUUGAAGGGGAUCCGAGUCCUGGUGGACGCCAGGGAAAAGCUCCGCAUCCCUUGGGGAGACCCCGGCAACCAGCAGAACGGCGAGGUCCUGAUGAGUUUCGACACCAGGGCGUUGACCGGGGCCGCCGCGGGCCUCAUGGAGACGCGGGUUUUUCUCAAUUACUUGCCGGCCAUCAGAUCGCUAUGGGCAGAUAGUGGUAUCCAGAACGCUUACGACAGACGCAGGGAGUUCCAGCUGGGUGAAUCUGUGAAAUAUUUCCUGGACAACUUGGAAAGAUUAGGAGAUCCAGAAUAUCUUCCAACACAACAGGACAUUCUACUAGCACGAAGACCUACAAAGGGAAUACAUGAAUACGACUUUGAAAUAAAAAAUGUGCCCUUCAAGAUGGUAGAUGUGGGAGGACAAAGGUCAGAACGAAGGCGUUGGUUUGAAUGCUUUGAUGGGGUGACGUCCAUUCUGUUCUUGGUGUCUUCGAGUGAGUUUGACCAGGUGCUUAUGGAGGACCGGCAGACUAAUCGCCUGAGUGAGUCCCUAAACAUCUUUGAAACAAUAGUCAACAACAGGGUCUUUAGCAAUGUCUCCAUAAUUCUUUUCCUUAACAAGACGGACUUGUUGGAGGAGAAGGUCAAAACUGUUAGCAUCAAGGACUACUUUCCUCAAUAUGAAGGAAACCCCCAUGAGCUCUCUGAUGUCCAGCAGUUCCUGGUGCAGUGCUUUCGUGACAAACGUCGAGAUCAGCAGCACAAACCACUCUACCAUCACUUCACCACCGCCAUUAAUACCGAAAACAUUCGUCUUGUCUUCCGUGAUGUCAAGGACACUAUCCUCCAUGAUAACCUUAAGCAGCUGAUGCUCCAGUGACAUCCAGUUACUUGUCACUUCUAGUGUCUGGCACUGACAGCAGCUUACACCAGAGUGAUUAAGGUUACAGUUGCUUCAAAAACUUAAGGCAGCUGCUGUAAACUGCUCAACUGAAGAAUGCCAAAUUUAAUUUUCAGACCUGGUCUUUCAAUUGCUUUUGUUCCAGUUGAGUGUUGCUGAGGGUAUUCUAAUCAAGUGUACUCUUAGGCAACCUGACAAGGUUUACGAUUUUGUUUCUUCAAAAAUGAAGAUAUGUGAAACAUUGCCAGAUAGUGCAAAGCUGUGGUGUUGAAUGUGGAAAUUGUCUUGUUAAUAUCUGCUCUCUGCCUCUUUCUCUUUCUCCCUGACCCCCAAACAAAAAGGGCUGUUACAAAGCAAAGUGAUUAUUUAUUCCAAAAAAAAUUUGUGUAUGUUACAGAAGCAGGUUAAUGAUGUUUUGUUCAUGAAGAAUCCAUUUGGGAGUGAAAUUUGCUGUUGUUGUAUUCAAAUGGUUUUCGUGGCUUCUCAAAAAUGUUUAAAAUUUUGCUAUUCGGCCUAUUAUUGAUAAAUGCAUCAGUCAAAGAGUGGUACAUAUGUAACCUAUAGAAAUGUGAAGCAGUCACAGUUUGCCCAAGUUAGGGUUGUGAAUAUUGGAUUUAGUAUUUGAAACCACUCCCAAAUGGAGGUUUUGCAAAACUCAUACGGUAUUUAUGUAACAUUUGCGAUGUAUACAUAUAUUUUGUCAAAAUUGUACAGAAAUGCCAAAUUUUACAGAAUUGCUUCAAUUGUUUGGAGUCUGGGCCGAGUGUAAAAGACACUUUUGACUGAAUGGCACAGGUACAAAUACCUUAUCACCUGUCAAAUCCUACUAAACCAAUACUCUGAAUUGUUAUACAGUAUGACUAUACGCUUACUAAAUAUUGUUCAUUGGCCACUUAAUGAAAGAUUUUGACUUCAGUUAGAUAUCUAUUAAAGCAUGAUUUACAGCUUCAGCACAAGCACCACUAAACUAAUAUUGAGGAAUGAGGGCUAUUUUAUAAAUUGAAUUCAGGAGUUUUUUUUCAAUGCAAUUUAUAGUUGAAGAAGUUUUCUUGGUAUUGAAGCAUUUGA